CCUAGCCACAGCGUCUUGUGGAAUUAUUUUAUUAUUACACAUGUGUAGGUCAUAUGGUAAUUGUUUUUUUUUGUGUUAGUGAUUUGGUUAGUUCUCUUUCUCUUUCCCUAGUUGCUGAUUUGUUGUUGUUAAUUGACGUGUUGACUUGCUUGAUAACUAACCAUUAUUUGAAUUUCUGUCAUUGCAUCUAUAAACUAAACACUGAUACGAAUUAGGGCCUAGAUACCAAGGUUCCAUUUAGAUGAAGUAAUUUAUUGGUUAAAGCGACUCUUUGUGGAUUAAAAUUUAUAGCCUAAAAGUUAUAAGGUGUUAGGUCUGUGAAUUCAACCAAAACGACUGGUAUAGGCCUACAAUUCAACAGGAUGGUAACCGCUAGGAUUCCAGAGCUUAAAGAUUGCGGUUGUGGAGUUUCCCUCACCCUUGGCGCUAAAAUCAUCUCUGUCAUAUUUUUUUGCCUCAGCAGUCUUAUAUUCCUCACCUCCUUGUAUUACAUCAUCAGUACAGAGAUUGAUUUGAGGAACCCAGACACAGAAGCUCAACAUCAUGAUGAAACUUAUAAAGAGGUGAUUGCUGUCAUGACAAUGAUCGUCUCUGGGAUACAUGGAACUCUGGCCUUUCUGCUGUGGUACGGGGUUAAAGAGCACAAGCCGAGUUAUGUGUUGCCCUGGGCCAUCUUGACCACCGCAUUCACCAUGAUAUUUACGUUCAUCGCCUUCCUGUUGCUGCUGCACAAGUUUAGCUUUGAACAGGUCAUCAUUUGGCUCAUAGUCGUGGUGAUGUACUACUGUGUGCUCAUCGUGUACAGUCACUUCCGAGAAUUACGAAGAGAGAAGAAUCUACCGCAGACUCUCAGCAACUCCGGGGACGCAGCGUAACUCCCAUGAUACAGCGCAAACUCAUGUGAUUUUAGAAUUUAAUGUCAAGUCUACAACUUUUGUGGGUUUUACCAGGGUAUGCAACGAACCAUUUCAAUCAUAUUCUCAUAGAUGUGUUAGAAUCUCUUGUUUAUCAAACUAGUUACCAUUUCCGAUAUGCUUAUUUGAUCUUUUUAAUUUGGAUGCAUAAUGGUCUUACAAUAAUUGUUUAAAGUUUUUCAGCAUUUUGCUUUGGAGUAAAAAAAUCUCAAAGAUCAUUGGAGUGUUGAAUAUGGGUAACAAUUAUUGUUUAUUCUCUCUACGUUUGCCUUUCAGUAUUUUUAUUUAUAUUAGAGGUUUGAAAUAUUGUUUCUGUUUCUGAUUUUUAAAUUGGUAUUAACUGGAGUUAUCCGUUAUAACUCAAUUUUAUUGAAUCAUGUAAAAUAGUAAAUCAUUGUAAAGACAAAAGAUGUUUAUAGGCCUAUACCAUAGACUAACCAACACAAGUAGACUUCUCAUCCCUGUUUGGUUAUAUAACUAGGGAACAAGUUAUUGUUUAUGAUUAGAUCGUAUUAUUUGGUUAAACAAGGUUUUUAAUGACUGUAACAACAGGAAACAAAUUGUAAACAAAACACAACCUCUACAUAAACCGCACAGAACUAACGAUAAAAUUGUCUUUAGCUGUUCCGUAAGGAUGAGAAAUCUACUAAGGGAGUAUGUUUUAUCUAUGCCUAUACUAUAACAUGUAAACCAAUAAGCAGAUAUAAAAAUAUUUUCAAAUUGCAUGCAAGUUACACAAAACUAAAAUGUUUUAAGCAUUUAAAAAAUCAAAGCACUAACAAGUCAUUGCUUAAUUCUUACUGUCCACUAGGGAGAGCUAUUAAAGCGUCAUCAUUGACUCAUUUGUCUUUUAAAACAAAAAACAGUGCUCUCAUUGGCUUAGCUGUUAAAACAUAACUCAACUUACCUAUUCUUUGUGCUGAAAGGCAAACGUCGUACAUAAUUGGAUUUACUUAUUUUACAAUAUUUGAGUUGAGAUAAAAAUUGUUUUAACUCAAUCACCGUAUUCUUAGUACAAUACUGACAGAUCUUAUUCUCAAUACAAUACUCCUAUUACUGCAUUCCCGGUCAGCAACUAACAUUAUUUAUGGUACAUUCUGUGACAGCUCUAUGUACCCCAAUUUUAAAUUCCUUGUAUCUCUAGUCUAUUAUUUAUUUUGAGAAUGUGUAACACACUUUUUUACUAAGGGUAAAUAAUUACACUCAAAACUAAUUUAUUUCGGUUUUUGUGUAGUUUGAAUAAUUAAUGCAGGUGUAGAAUAAUUCAUGACUAUAGAUAAAUAAGAAAUUGUAUAUUUAAAGUGUCAACACUACUUUAGUGCUGAAUUAAAAGAACAUAGUACAGGGUUCUAUUACAAAAAAUAUAUAAUAAAAUUGUUUUGAUAUUUUGUAAUGAAUCUGAUGUUGUGAAUGUUAAUUCUUUUAACCCUCCGAGUGUCACGCGUCAUAAAAACGACGCACAACACACUUUGUGUAGGGUCACGCGUCGCUUUUAAGACGCACAAACAUCGUUUACGGCGAAGGCUCUAUGACUGACUGAAUCGGAUUGAACUGGAUCGAGUUAGGUAUCGUUCUUUCCGUAAUAUUCUAAGCUUUCUCAAGAGGUCUGUCUCUAAGCGCUAGUCAUUUUAGUUCCGAAAAUAUUGUAGCAUACAGCUGACGUGCGUGUAUUUGUAAACAGCUAGGUUCCCCCGGACCGAUGACUGAUGUGUUUUAUUACGUUUAUCAUUGUUUUAGUGUUAAAAAUCAAAAGUAGUGAUAUACGUGGUGCAUUAUAAGAAGAUUUAAGUGGUUUUGAAGUGCUGGUUGAUGAUCCUGAAGAAGUAGGUAGUGAUAUUGAUGUAAAUUAUCAGCCAGAUUCCUAGCUAUGGUUAGGCUAUGCAUUCUUAGCUAAACGCUAUGUACUGAAAUACGUUUUUCGCUCAUAACUUAUUUAUUUGAUAACUUACCUCGCUAUAUGAUUAUAUAUUUGUAAUCCUCAUUAAAUUUAGAACAAAGUGGCUAUUUUCAAAUAUUUAUAGGCCUAUAAUUUAUACAAUUUCAUUGAGCGCGAACUUAUUUUUUUUUUGAAAAUUUUCGAAAUUAUAUUUUUUUUUACCUAAAAAUUUUUUUUUUGAAAAAAUGUUCCUUAUGUUUUAUAUAUAAUAUUGAAGCCCAUGAUUUUCCAAACAAAAUGGUAUAUAGAACAUUAUAAUUAACAUUGUUUUAAGCUUCUCAGAUCCGUUUUAAUAAAACCUUGCAAAGGGGCCAAAAAUAGGUGGACAUUAAGGCCUAAACUAUGGACACUCGGAGGGUUAAUGUGAUAAACAUUUUUUAAACUUUUUAAGGAAUUUGUAAAAAACACUAUUUUCCUCUAGAUAUAAAAAAAAAUUGUGCUAAUAAAUACAACUAUUACGACAUUCGAAAGUCAAACUCAAUUCAUCAAAAUAGUUUCAUCAAAAUUGAAGCUUGGUGUAUAAUUAUAAUCAAACUGAAAAAUAUAAUUGAAAACUGUAUGAAGUAGGGUUUGUUUUGAUUGUUGCAUUUACAUAUUUUAGAUGAACAGAGUUUAUUUUUUUAGUGACAAAUAUUUGAUAAUUUCGAAAAAGAUUUGAUCGUGACUGAACUUAGGAAAAGCAUUUAUUUUUAUAUGAAAACAUAUUGUGUGAAAAAUCAUUGUAACCAUAUUAGACCUAGUAUACUCAUGAGGAUAAAAUGACAAUAUUUUUAUACUGUAUCAAUGUUUCAUAUUUUAUGCUUGUUUAAACUAUAACCUAUAUAACCAAAGGAUUUUACUAAAAACUUUGUAAAUAUUACUUUCUUAAUGGCUGUGUAUCAGAGCCAUUAUAGUGAUUUUAGUUAUUUAAUUUUUUUCUGGUUAUAUUCUUAAUUUUACUUUUACUUGCUUUAUCCUUGUGUUUCUGUUGUAUUAUAUGAUGCACAAAUAUUAAAUAAAUAUGUUAAGUCUA